GGGAGGAAGCGACUGCCCACGGUUCACUGAUGCCAAACCUCGCGCCUAAUUUUGUUUUGGUAACUCCAUUUACCGUCUGCGUUCACACAUAUAUUUGUAAUAAGAUGACUUCAAAGAGGAGCGAAGGCGAAUGGCAGGGGUUAGUGAAUGAGUAUUUGAUAUGCAAAAGAAAGCUGGAGAGCAAGAAAGAAGCUCUUUUGAUUCUCUCCAAGGAGCUUGAUACAUGCCAACAAGAACGGGACCAGUACAAACUAAUGGCUAAUCAGCUUCGGGAGCGCCAUCAAUCAUUGAAGAAAAAGUACAGAGAACUAAUAGAUGGUGAUCCUACUCUCCCUCCAGAAAAGAGAAAUCAGGCAAACCUCGCACAACUAUUGAGUAGUUCUCGAGAGCGGAAUAAACAGUUGACGGAAGAAAUCAAAGAACUCCAGCAGAGACUGACUGAGGCGCAGGGUGAUAACAAGCUCCUAAGAAUGACAAUUGCGAAACAGCGUUUAGGUGAUGAAGAAGUAGGAGCUCGUCAUUUCCCUGCACAUGAACGUGAGGACCUUGUUCAGCAGUUGGAAAAAACACACGAACAGAUUGAACGUUUGGAUCAUGAUUAUCAAGCAGCAGUGGAUGAGCUUCAGGAUGUGAAGGUCGAACGAUCUUUCUACCAGGAGAAAGCUGACCGCCUAAAUCAGGAGAUUAACCAUAUUCUUGGAGGUCACGAAAACCGUAUAAUUGAUGUGGAUGCCUUGUGCAUGGAAAACAGGUACCUGCAUGAACAUUUGAAGCAGAUCCAGGAAGAAGUCAACAUUCUUAAAAACAACAUUUCAAAAUAUAAGAAUGCUCUUGAGCGUAAAAAACACCCGAAGACGAGUGGAAAAAGCAGCAGUAGUGCGCUUACAGGAGUUCUUUCUGCUAAACAAGUCCAGGAAUUACUGUCAGAAGAUCAUGGUUGUAGUCUGCCAGCCACUCCACAGUCCAUUUCAGAUCUGAAAUCAUUGGCAACUGCUUUACUUGAGACGAUUCAUGACAAGAAUAUGGUUCUUCAGCAUCAACGGCAGACUAACAGAAUUCUGGGAAAUCGUGUAGCUGAACUGGAAAAGAAACUGAGAACUUUGGAAGUUUCUGGUUUGUGGAGCCUUCCAGGUCUGAGCUACAAUAUCUCAGUGGGAUUAGGGACAGGAGGGAAGGAGACUCUGACGUUAACUGAUGCUGCCGUACCUAUGGAUGAAAGAUCAAAGUCACCUCUGUACCUGGAUAUCGAACAACAGCUGCACAAGAAUGAUCAUUUAAAAGAAAAUGAAGCAACCCAAACUCAGCCUUCAACAUCCGAAUACCCUGACACAGAGAAAAAUUACAGAAAAUCUGAAGAAAUGCAGACCAAACAAAAGGAAAGUUGUGAAAGUCCUGUAUUUUUACCUUUGGAAGUGGACUCCCAGAUGUUCCAAUCCACUGCAGGAAAUGAAAUUGCAGAAAUGACUGAGAAGCUGGUUACUACUGAUUUAAGUGAUGGCUGUAACAAAACAACUGCUUCCAAAGAGCAAUGUACAGUGAUAUCUCAGAAUGAUGCUGCUGUUUCAUCAUUAUUUGAAUCCCUUUUGGAUAGUCCAGACACAGAAAACCAAUCUGGUUCUGAGAAUGACUACAGGAUUCAAAUUAAUGAAUCAUCUGAUACUCUGGAAAGUGAUAUAGAUUGCAUGUCAUCAAAAACGAUUUCUGAAAUAAAUUCAGAUUCUCAGCUACAAAACUCGUUGACCACAGAUCUGUCAAUAAUUGAUGGUUCUACAGAAUGUACAGAUGGCAACCAUGAAGGAAAUAUAGCAUAAUUCAAUUGCAAAUUCUAAUUUAAUCUGAUAAUUUUUAAUUAAGCUCAAUCAUCUUUAAACAAUGGUAAAGCUCUUAACUUUAACUUGAAUACACGUACAAACUGUAAUUCUCAUGAAAGAUGAAUAUCAUCACUUAAUUGGAUGUAAUAUGAAUGUUUAUUCAGCGGGAAUUGUGAACUGAAUUCUAUUAAAAUUUGCCUUUCCCCAUAUCUGAAAAUGUAAAAUAGGAAAAUGAUUAAUGAUUACUUAUUGAAAAAUAUAAGUUUUUUCACCAAAACAUUUUAUUAUUCCUAAAAUAUUUUAAAAGAUCAAUUUAUCACAUUAUCACAGGAACUGCCGAUGCUGGAGAAUCUGAGAUAACGUGGUGUGAAGCUGGAUGAACACAU